AUGGAGACCCAUAUCCAACACAGGAAGCCAGCCACCUAUAGUUUUCCCAUGACCUUUGGAACACCUCUCGUGUUCUGGGUCAAAGAGGAGAACAUGGCAGAUGCAACAGAUUCCAAGAAACGGGGGGCACUGCAUGAGAUGCUGGACCGGGCCCUUAGGCCAUACAAACGUCGAGCUGUGGAGCAGGAUGAAGAUUGGGGCAAACAUGGGACCACUGACAUGUGGGCCAGGGGCCAUUAUGAGCAUGCCGCCCAGGCUGUUGGCGAGGCUAGUGGUGAAGACACAAAUGAGUGGGAGAGGGUUGGCCAGCGGAGCAGCGGCAACUCACCGGCUAGCUCCACGCAGUGCGCAUGUGGCAGCGGGGACGAAACCAUGGAAUUUGGUGGCCGGCACUCUUCAGGUGGCAGUGACUGUCUUGAGCCCACAAGGAUCAUUGCAGAUUGUGAACUUGGAAGGGCUGUGGGUGGCAGUGACAUGGAUGAGAAGCAGGAUGCUGGGUCGUCCAAGGGGUGCGCCCCCAGCCCUGAGCGCAGUCCCAUGUGUUCGGACCAGGGUGUGGAUGAUGCUGACGAUGUAGCUGAGGCCUCUCAGCACUGUGCUGAGGAUGGACUGCUGGAUGGAGGGCUGUCCGGGAAGCAGGGCGAAGGGGAGGCGAGCGCUGAGUCUGCCUGCCUGUCAACAGAGUGCAGUGCCCACUGCUCGCCAGGAGGGGGAUGUGCCGCCAAUGUGGAGGUGUCUGAGGAGGCAGCCGCCUGCCCCGAGGAGCAGGACUGCAGUGAGAAGGUUGCGGAGGCACCAGAGCUCAUGUCUCCUGGGGAGCCUGAGGAUCGCAGCAUGAGCCCUCCCACUGCUGUAAGGAGUGGUGGCAAUGGAGUGGAGAUUGGCGAGGAAGCAACCAGCCCGCGUGGCACAUUCUGUUGCCCGGAAGAAGACGACAGGGGCCCAUAUGUGGGCAGUCUUUUUGAUGAGGAUGAUGGGAACCAGUAUGACGGCGAACAGUAUGGGUCAGCAUAUGGCCAUGAACUCAGCGCAGUGACCGAUCGUGGUGCAUUUGGUGGUGCCACAGGCCCAGACAGUGCCUACAGGCUUAGGGAGCUCUGGGGGUGCAUGGGUUACUACUCCGACAGGAAAAGCAGCCAGAAGGACUUUGUGCUGGAGUGGGCAGGCGACCACCACAAGUUCUUUGACCUGUCCUGCUUGGCCAGCCCCGAGACAGACCCCAGCGUGCAAAGGGCGAGGCUGGCACAGAAUCACAAGGCCCACUCUGUGGACCUUGACCACCUGUUUGAAGUCUUCCAGCAGCCCACCCGGCUGUCGGGCCACAACGCCUACGCCUGCGACCGCUGCAAGAAGCAGGUACCUGCGCAGAACUGCUUCAACAUCUUUGAGCUGCCUGAGAUCUUGGUCAUCCAGAUCAAGCGGUUUGAGAACCGGGGCAAUGGCGAGGGCUGGGAGCGCAACAGCAUGCUGGUCGAAUUCCCGAUCGAGGGGCUGGACAUGUCCCCAUAUGUGGCCAUCAAGCAGGACACAGAGCCAGUGUACGAUCUGUACGCAGUUCUCAACCACUAUGGGUCAGUGCGAAUGGGCCACUAUACUGCAUAUUGCCAGCACUUCAACGGAAAAUGGUACCAUUUUGAUGACGAGUACGUCAGCGAGGUGUCCCCCAGGGUGGUGGUGAGCACUGCGGCGUACGUGCUGUUCUACAGGAGACGAGUGGACGCGCAGAAGGACCCAGAGGACAUCGUGUCAAUGGCCAUGAAGGAGCGCAGGGAGAGUGGGAGGGCAUGGCAGAGGACUCUGAGGGAUGGAGGCGUCAACUGCAGCAGUUACUGCAGGAGCAGGGACAUGAACUCCAGCAGGUUCCAAUACCCCAGCACCUCUAGCCCAACGUGUUCAAGGUACUCUGAGGGACCUGGAGCAGCAGUUGGCUGGGAAGCGUGUGCUACAAACUCGAGCAAUGGCCCUGGCCACUUUGCUGGCUCUGGGGACUCGAGCAACGGGAAUGCCUAUCUCCUUCCUGGUGGUCCAAUCCUCCAAUCGGGCAACGACACAUAUGGGGAGUGGAACAAGUCGAGCUACUACCAGAAUAGCAACUUUUCCACCUGGGAUAUUGGGUCCUCCAGCAACAAGCAUUGGUCUGACACCGGUGAUGCUCAUUUGGGCACAUCCGAGCCUGGCACUGAAUCAGACAAGGAAAACAAGGUGCAGGACACUGCUAGGGGUACCGGGAUGGAGCUCGUGUUGUACACUCCCCCGAAACCACUUCCGAUCAAUGAUCGAUCGGAGCAGCCUAAGGCUGAAAAUGGGCCCUCUGAAAAUGGGUCAGACGACAGGCAGGUGUGUAACAUUAGCAGGUGA